ACGGCCACUCCCACUCUAUCUGGCCCUCCUUCUAUACCUCCGUUGUGGCAAUCCCACAGCUGCUGCCGGUCUCCGUCCCCUCUCUUGGCCUUACCGCUCACGAAAGUUGUGUCUGUGGCUCCGAUCACACGGUCUCACCGCUCACACUCUGCCAGAAAUAACAUUGGAAGAUCCAUUAUCACAGUUCAAUGCGAUGGAGGUGGGUUUGCGCAAUUGAAAUGUUUCAGGAUCCAGGUAACAAAGAAUGCAACGUGAGGAAAUUGUGAAAAUGUCAACAGCUCAAGUUCCAGAUCACUUUUGCAGGAACCAACAUGAACUAAAGAGAACAGAGACCAUACAACACUUUGUAAAUCAGUUUUCUAAGUGGCAAUGUCGAAUGACGGGAUAUAUACGUGAACUACAAGAGAUUGCAAACAGUAUUGAUCGGUAUCACAAAGGUGCCACAAUUGCAAAUGUCACAGGGUCUUCUGCAGGUGCUGUAGGAGGUGUGCUUACGUUUGCAGGAAUAAUUGCUGCUCCUUUCACUGCUGGCAGCUCCCUGAUACUCACUGCAGUGGGAGCGAGCAUAGGAGGAGCUGGUGUUGUCACUAACUUGACAGCUAGCAUCACUGAAUAUGUUACACGGUCAAAGAUGCAGAAAAGGGUAGAUGAGAUCAUCAGACAAUAUAAAAAUGAUUGGAAAGUUAUAUCAGCACACUUGACGAACAUCGACAGUAAUCUCCAGUUCCUGUGUCUUCUUAGUGAGGAAGAAAAUACCGAAUGUGAUUGUAAUGAAGGCACAACAGGGGAUUGUCAAAGGAACAGCAAAGUAAAGCAAGUCACCAGUAAACACAGGGAAAAUUAUUUGCCCAAAGUUAAAGAUAGAUUAUAUUUACAAGGGGUUAGGGAGGAAAGGAAUAUUUUCAACAAAUGCAGGAAAAAGUAUUUUGAUGAAGUUAAAGCUGGAUUACAAUCUGGUUCCAUCGGCGUUAACACAUUUAAACUGACAGCAUCAAUCAUGGGCAAACAAGUCUUAUGCAAAUCUCCUGGCCUUAGCAAACUAGCUGAGAAGUUAACAUCUCUGAGUCACAAUGCUCAAAGAACACAGUAUGCCCUGGAAACUGGGAAAGUGAAACAACUGCUUUAUGGAACUCCUCUAGCUUUGUCCAAAACUACAAGAGCUGUUUCAGGAGUUGUGGGAGCACUCUUUAUAGUGUGGGAUAUCUACUCUAUAACUAAGGAUUCUAUUGAGCUGAGCAAAGGAAGUAAAACUGAAGUAGCUAAAAAGUUACGAGAUGAUGCUCAGAAGAUAGAUGAUGCGUUAAACCUGUAUGAGGACAUAUGCCAGUUUCUAAAAAGGUUCUUGAGAGAGACUGGGACAUUGGAUAAUGAAGUCCAGAUUUGAACAGAAAAAGGAUGAAAAUUGUUUCUUCAUUUCCAGUGGCAUUGGACUUAGAUCAUAGGAUACUAAAGUAAGGGAUCAAGCCCUUUGGUCCACAAUGUCUGUGCCAAACAUGAUGCCAAGAUAAACUGAUCUCAUCUGAUUCAUACUCCCCCUUUCCCUACAAAUCCAAAAACCUCUUAAACACCACUAUCCUAUCAGCGUCACCACCAACCCUGAAAGAGAAUUCUAGGCAUCUAUCACCAUCUAGGCAACAUUCAAUAGACAAUAGGUGCAGGAGUAGGCCAUUCAGCCCUUUGAGCCAGCACCGCCAUUCAAUGUGAUCAUGGCUGAUCAUCCCCAAUCAGUACCCCGUUCCUGCCUUUUCCUCAUAUCCCAAGACUCCGCUAUCUUUAAGAGCCCUAUCCAGCUCUCUCUUGCCUGCCUCCACCGCCCUCUGAGGCAGAGAAUUCCAGACUCACCACUCUGAGAAAAAGUGUUUCCUCGUCCAAGUAUUGAGUACUUGCCAUGAGAGAUCUAAUUGAAAAGCGUUUCCUCGUCUUCGUUCUAAAUGGCUUACCCCUUAUUCUUAAACUGUGGCCCCUGGUUCUGGACUCCCCAACAUCGGGAACGUUUCCUGCCCCCAGCGUGUCCAAACCCUUAACAAUCUUAUAUGUUUCAAUAAGAUGCCCUCUCAUCCUUCUAAACUCUAGAGUGUACAAGCUCUGCUGCUUCAUUCUCUCAGCAUAUGACAGUCUCACCAUCCCGGGAAGUAACCUUGUAAACCUACGCUGCACUCCCUCAAUAGCAAGAAUGUCCGUCCUCAAAUUAGGGGACCAAAACUGGACUACUCCAGGUGUGGUCUCACAUUCCCCGCAUGUCUCCUUUAAACUUUGCCCCCCUCCCCCUCACAUUAAAGCUAUGACCUCUGGACAUUGACCUUUCAACUUGGGCAAAAGUUCCGACUGGAAUCUCUCUCCAGGGUACUUUCUUUGUAGUUACUAUAUGCCACUUUGUCCCACCCAUCAUUCCUUCUUAUCCCCACUCCCAACAGACAGAAGGUAAGUUCAUAAGUCACAGGAGUAGAAUUCGGCCAUUUAGCCCAUCAAGUCUACUCCACAAUUCAUUCAUGGCUGAUCUAUCUUUCCCUCUCAAAGCUCUUACAGAUAGCAGAGUUAAGGGAUAUGGGGAGAAGGCAGGAACGGGGUAAUGAUUGUGGAUGAUCAGCCAUGAUCACAGUGAAUGGCGGUGCUGGCUCGAAGGACUGAAUGGCCUACUCCUGCACCUACUGGGUUGUCUAUUGCCUAACCCAUUCUCCUGACUGCUCCCCAUAACCCUCCACACUCUUACUGAUCAAGAAUCUGUCAAUCUCCACCUUAAAAAUACCCAACGACUUCACCUCCACAGCCGUUUGAGACGACUUCCACAGAUUCACCACCCUGACUAAAGAAAUUCCUUCUCAUCUUCUUUCCAAAGGUAUGUCCUUUUGUUCUGAGGCUAUGUCCUCUGCACUCUUGUAAGACUUAGUGCGGUUCUCCUCCAUCUUAUUUAGCCACAUUAGCUGUAACCUCCAUUUUGUACGCAGCAUGCUGGUAGCAUUUUAAAAUAUUGGCCACUACAGAAAUCUGCAAAAGCCUGUGAAUACAGAAGCCUAUGAAGGUAACCUUCACUGUCUCAGUGAGAGUGGAGAUAAGAGCCGUUCCCAGUCGUCUACAGGGCUCGAAAUUAGAGGUUGCCCGGGUGCCACUGACCACUCAAAGUGCUGCCGGGCAACCUAAAAGGCGAGUCAUUUUGCCCGGCUUGGCAACUUGGUUUAUACCGAAGAUAUACCGUGGGAAAGAUGCUAAGUGUGGCGUGAUGGAGGGUCGGAACGGAUGACGGGCCCUGCACAGCAGCAGCGGCGGCUCCAUCUCCUCCUCCUCCUCCUCCUGCACCCCGCCCGGCCUGAUAACGCUAUAGGAUCUUUGCUGUUAGCGGCCGCUGCUGCCACUCCGCCAACGGCAGUUUCAAAACAAACCCUUGGAGGAGGGAGGUGUCAGUCAGAGGCGGAAGUAGUA